GCGUCGCGCUCUGCGGUGCGGGGGGCGUGGCCUCUCCCGGCCAUGGCGGACUAGCUUUCUGUGGUCUGCGCUUGACUUCCAGGUGCCGGCACUCGCGCUCCGCUGUGGCUCGGGGACGUGGGGCCGCGAAGGCGGUUUUCUCUCUGUUUACCGGAGCCUCCCCUCCGGGCUUCCUGCGGGCGCGCUCGCUCAUGCCGCACUCGCGACCCAGGGCCCGCCGGGGCGCCGGGCUGGCCGGGCGCGACGAGCUGGUGUCGCGGUCCCUGCAGAGCGCCGAGCACUGCCUGGGCGCCCGCGACUUCGGCACCGCCUACGCCCACUACCUGCUGGUGCUCAGCCUGGCGCCCGAGCUGAGAGAAGGCCUCAAGGAGACUUUUCAGUAUACACUCUUCAAGUGGGCUGAAGAACUCGAUGCUCUAAAUCGAACACAAGACUUACUUGGCUGCUAUGAGCAAGCCUUGGAGCUAUUCCCUGAAGAUGAAGUGAUUUGCAAUAGUAUGGGGGAGCAUCUCUUCAGGAUGGGCUUUAGAGAUGAAGCUGCUGGCUAUUUUCAUAAAGCAGUGAAGUUAAACCCAGAUUUCAGUGACGCAAAGGAGAAUUUUUACCGCGUUUCAAACUGGCUGGUGGAACGCUGGCACUUUAUUAUGCUUAAUGACGCCAAACGGAAUGCAACUUACAAUGCAGCAAUACAAAAGGCUGUUGGCUUGGGGUCCACAAUUGUGUUGGACAUUGGAGCAGGAACUGGAAUACUAAGCAUGUUUGCAAAAAAAGCUGGUGCGCACUCUGUGUAUGCCUGUGAGCUGUCCAAGACCAUGUAUGAACUUGCCUGCGAUGUGGUAGCAGCAAACAAGAUGGAAGCAGGAAUCAAACUCUUACAUAUGAAAUCGCUUGACGUGAAAAUUCCAAAGCACAUUCCUGAAAGAGUGUCCCUAGUUGUAACAGAAACUGUCGAUGCAGGUUUAUUUGGAGAAGGAAUAGUGGAGAGUUUGAUUCACGCAUGGGAACAUUUACUUUUGCCACCAAAGACUAAUGGUGAAGAUGAAAAUUGUGCAAAGUAUGGGAAAGUAAUACCAGCAAGUGCUAUUAUUUUUGGCAUGGCAGUUGACUGUGCAGAGAUAAGAAAACAUCACAGAGUGGGUAGUAAGGACCUUGCUGGGAUCAGCUUGCCAAUAAAUGUGAAACUUCAGAGUCCAGCUUAUUCUUCUAUAGAUACCGAAGAAACAGCUGAACCAUAUACAACUGAAAAGAUGAGUCGAGUUCCUGGGGGAUAUUUGGCUUUGACAGAGUGCUUUGAAAUUAUGAGAGUAGAUUUCAACAAUCUUCAGGAGUUAAAAAGUCUCUCGACCAAGAAGCCUGACAAAAUUGGGGUUCCUAUUGUUAAAGAAGGCACCCUGGAUGCUAUCGUGGUUUGGUUUCUGCUCCAGCUUGACGAUGAGCACAGUUUAUCCACAAGUCCUAGUGAAGAAACAUGUUGGGAGCAGGCUGUCUACCCUGCAUUUGACCUUGCAGACUAUGGAGUCAAGCCUGGGGACAACGUAACAAUGGAAGUGUCUUGUCAAGAUUGUUACUUAAGGAUCCACAGUAUUAAUGUCUCCAGUUUGGAACAUGAAAUGGAUGUUGGGAAAAGUUCCAGCAAGGAAAAAGGCUUGAUCUCUUUAGGACACGAGGCUGAUCUCUGUAGUGCCCUGGCUAAUCUGCAGACCAGUCAGCUGGAUGCUGGAGAGCAGACUUGUGUAUUGGAUUCCACAGAAAUUGCUUUGCUUAAUAACAUCCCAUAUCACGAAGGCUUUAAAAUGGCAAUGAGGAAAGUACUGUCUUCAUUGGCCCCAGAGAAACUGUGUCAGGACAUGGAUACUCAGUGUCAGAAUAAUGAGAUGAGCUGUGAGGGUGGCCAGAGGAAUUCUGAAGAGAGUGCCCCUGAACCGUUGUAUGUGUUAGAUGUAUCAGAAGGCUUCUCUAUUCUGCCCAUCAUCGCUGGCACACUAGGACAGGUUAAACCUUACAGCUCUGUGGAGAAGGACCAGCAUCGUCUUACACUGGACCUCAUCUCUGAAGCCAAUCACUUUCCCAAAGAGACUCUUGAGUUUUGGUUGAGACAUGUGGAAGAUGAAUCUGCUGUGUUGCAAAGGCCCAAAUCAGAUAAGCUGUGGAGUAUAAUUAUACUGGAUGUCAUUGAGCCAUCUGGGCUCAUCCAGCAGGAAAUAAUGGAAAAAGCAGCAAUAUCCAGGUGCUUGCUACAACCUGGAGGCAAGAUAUUUCCUCAGUAUGUGCUGAUGUUUGGGAUGCUUGCUGAAUCACAGACACUGAUAGAAGAAAAUGCUGUUCAAGGGACAGAACGAACUCUUGGACUCAAUAUAGCGCCGUUUAUUAACCACUUUCAGGUGCCCAUCCGUGUAUUUUUGGACCUCUCCUCACUGCCCUGUACACAUUUAAGCAAGCCAGUGGAACUCUUGAGGCUUGAUUUAAUGACUCCAUAUUUGAACACCUCUAGCAGAGAAGUAAAGGUGCCCAUCUGCAAAUCUGGACAACUGACUGCCAUCCCAUUUUGGUAUCAGAUGUAUCUUGAUGAUGAGAUUUGGUUGGACACUUCAAGUGAGGCUUCCCACUGGAAGCAAGCUGCAGUUGUUUUAGAGAAUCCCAUCCAGGUGGAAAUAGGAGAGGAACUUGUACUCAGCGUCCAACACCACAAAAGCAAUGUCAGCAUCACAGUGAAGCAGUGAAGUGUGGUUUUCUAAGGAUACUGCUUAUGCAGAGCAGCAAGCACACAACUCUUCUGGUCUGAAUCGGUGGGAUUGUAAUCACAAAACGGGGUGUAUCAAGAUAAAAUUCCUUGCAGUGGUCAACUAUUUUUUUAAAUUGACAUUAGUGGUAAUAAAGAUUUGAAAGAUCCAAUUUGUAGAGUAACAUUAAACUUUGCUAAGAAGUUUAGCUACAAACAAGGUGUUGAGUCUCAUUUUCAUUGUUAAAUAUCAGUAAGUAAAAUAUAACAAUUUUAGAAACAUCUUAAUUUUUUUUUUCUUAAAUCAAAAUUUACACUUGGGCAAACAUCAAAAUGUGGGCUUUCAGUAAAGACUGAAAAUUGUUACCUAUAAAUUCUAGGCUUGCCUCUUACUAAUACUUGAUAGUCUCUUAAAUACCUUCUCAGGUUUUGUGUUUUAGAACUGCAAACUUGAGUAAGAAUUUGAACUGGGCAGGGGUAGAUAGCAUAAUGGUUAUGCAAAGAGACUCUCAUGCCUGAGGCUCAGGUUCAAUCCCCUGUACCACUAUAAGCCAGAGCUGAGCAGAGCUCUGGUAAAAAAGAACUAAAA